AAUGUGCAUUGCCACCCUGGGUGUCAAAAGAAAAUGAAGGAAGGGGAGAAGUUUUGCUGCUAUGACUGUGCUCCAUGCCCAGAGGGGAAGAUUUCAAACCAGACUGAUAUGGAUGACUGCUUCAAAUGCCCAGAAGAUCAGUAUCCAAACAAGAAUAAAAAUGAGUGCAUCCACAAAACUAUUCAUUUUCUAUCUUAUAAAGAAAAUUUAGGGGUUACAUUAGCCGCUGUUGCUAUUUCAUUUUCCCUCAUUACAGCCUUGAUGCUAGGAAUAUUUAUUAAGCACAGAGACACCCCCAUAGUGAAAGCCAACAACCGGGGACUCACCUACACUCUCCUCAUCUCCCUCCUGCUCUGCUUCCUCUCAUCUUUGCUUUUUCUUGGCCAACCUGGGAAAGUGACCUGCCUUCUCCGACAAUCUGCUUUUGGCAUCAUCUUCUCCAUGGCAGUUUCUUGCGUGUUGGCGAAAACCACCAUAGUUUCUCUGGCAUUUAUGGCCACAAAGCCUAGAUCAAGGAUGCAGAAAUGGGUGGGGAAAAGACUAGUCUACUCCAUUCUCCUUUCCUGCACUUCCAUUCAAGUGAGCAUUUGCACUUUCUGGUUGGCAACCUCUCCCCCAUUCCCUGAUUUAGACAUGCAGUCAGUAAUGGAAGAAAUCAUUGUGCAAUGUAAUGAAGGGUCUGUUGCCAUGUUUUAUUGUGUCCUCAGUUACUUAGGCCUUUUGGCCAUUGCCAGUUUCCUUGUGGCAUUCCUUGCCCGCAACUUACCGGACAGUUUUAAUGAAGCCAAGUUCAUCACCUUCAGCAUGCUAGCAUUUUGCAGCAUAUGGCUCUCCUUUGUUCCAACCUACCUGAGCACCCGAGGAAAAUACAUGGUGGCUGUAGAGAUCUUCUCAAUAUUGGCUUCCUGUUGUGGGUUGCUGGGUUGCAUCUUUUCCCCUAAAUGCUACAUCAUUGUGAUGAGGCCUGAACUAAACAGCAAGGAACAACUAAUAAGAAAAAAGUGUUAA